UUUUCAGUGUCUUGAUUCUCGGUCUCUAUAAUUCAAUUUUUAUGUUGCUGGGAAUUGUGUCAACUUCAGAAACUAACGACCAAUAACUCAUUUUGAUACUGAGUUCCCUUCGUCUUUCUGGGUUUUAGUAUCAUGCACCACAUGUACCAGCUUCGUACUGAUAUUUUUUUUUUUCAACUUUCAAGCCAUACUAUCUUUGGUUUCUUCGUCUUGUGCUUGAGACUUGAAACAUAUAUUAUUGGUUUUACCUUGCAAUAUCCAGUUACAUUAUCACCGGAUGAGUGGGAAGUAGCUUAUCUGUAUCUAUCAUUUGUGUAGUGGGCCGAACAUAACUCUCGGCGAACGGCCACCGAACCAUACUUGAACUGGGGCUCGGUUACUGGCCGAGACUCAUCCAUCAACGAGAUCUUUUAUUUUGAGCUCAGGCAACGUGGAUAGCCCAGGCUCGGCCGUCAUCGGAGGUGAAGACCCGUCAGCAUGUCCCUCAAAUGGGUCGCCUCUCGGGUUCGGCCAUAUACCGGGCUCGGCCAUAUGCGCGGUUCGGCCACCCGCUGAGUCAUGUGCUUUCUCACGUGAUGAAGCGGUUACGCCAAGAGAUAACGAUGGGAGCACAUGGGGGCUGCCAGCUCACACCCAAAAACGGUUGCCAGGUCUAUUUAGUGACGUCAGGGCGACGUCACCUGAUCCGUGCAAGGCACAUGCUCGUACUUGCAGAGCAAGUCAAGAAGGCUCUAUAAAUAUUGAAGGAGGAACCCUAGAGGAGAGGUACACAAUACGCUAUCUCAAAACCCUAGUCCCUUACUUGAUUCUCUGCAUAUUCUCAUCCUCUCGCCGGAGAGCCUUGCUGGGCAGCCCCGGCCAGGUCUUAGUUAUGCGUUCACUGUGCAGGAUUGGGAGAGAAAGCUAGGGAAUCCACAAGCCAACGGAGGAGGAUCCUAGAUCAAAGGACCACGGGCCACACAAUUGGUGGACCCGACGUGAAUCUAAACUUCUGAUCCAAACGGCUCGAACCUCCUUCAGCCCACCCUCCUCCUUUCAACAACCACUACAGCUUCGAUCACCAUGGGCGGACCGUCUCAGGGGCCAAAGACGCCAAUGGAAACACAAUCCUUCCACCGUUUUCAGAGAGGCACAUGUCCAUUUCACUUCCCCCCAGUUCAGGCCUCUCCCCAGUGGCGGACGACGUAAUAACGGCCUACAUCCGCUUGUUACAACGUCGCGAUGAAGAUAGGGACAAUGAGCUGGUAGCUCUGAGAGCAGAACCCAAAUGAAACAACAGAUACAGCGAGACGCCACUCCAGCUACAUCUAGAUCGGCGGGAGGCAGAAGCGGGUGGCGACGAAAGCAAACACCACCCCCACCAUCACCACAAGAACGUCCUCACGAAACUGGCCACCGCGGCUCCGUUAAGGACCGCCUUGGCAUCCCACCAGACCCAGGUGAUGCGAGGGAGAUCAUACUUUACAAGCGGCACACGACAUCUGGAACACACCGCUCAAAGAGCCACCACGAUCGAACCAACACUAGGGAUACCGAGUCGUUUACAAGCACAUACUCGACUGGUCGCGCAGAGUUCUCGCGCACAACGGUUUCCCACUGUAGCCGAGAUUCCGUGGAGACUAGACGCCAUGUAUCUGAACGUCUCGGGAAAAUCCCGGCAUUCGACAAUAACAACCAGGCUCGACGGAACGGAAAAGGCGUGCGUAUUGAAGAGCCGAACAACGAAACCAAAUCCUGUAGGGACGGAGGAAAGUCUGUUGACGGACAUCACCGGGCGACAGUAGAUUUACGAGACAAACUCCGGCAUCGAAACCAUGAAAAGUCCCUGGACAGAGACUCCAAAAGAACGAAGAUGGAUGAGCACGGCAAGCCACCGCGCCCUGGUUUUGAGCGGCAGCUGAAGGACCUCGGCGUUUCUCCCUUCAUGCCCCACAUAAUCAACAUGACGGCCGAACCCAACUUCCACCUACCAAAGUUCACAAAGUUCGAUCCUAUCACAUGCGAAGCCUACACCCACCUGAUUCAUUUCCGUCAAACCAUCGAGCUAUGCACCACAAAGGACAAAAUCAAAUGCAAAGCAUUCCCGUCCAGCCUCGACUCCCUUGGACUCCAGUGGUUGUACAAAUUGCCCGCCGGAUCCAUACGGAACCUAGCCAACUUUGAAUGCGCUUUCAAUACCCGUUUCAUCACAAGCAACAGGACGGCCAAGGAGCCUGAGUCAUUGUCCCAAAUGCGGAAACUCCCAUCCGAAACUCUUCGUCAGUACACUGAACUAUACUGGCAACUGUUCAACAAAAUUCCUGGAAUCGAUGAGUACUGGGCAGUAAGAACCUUCAAAAAUGGCUUGGAAAUUAAUAGCAAGAUUUUGGACGAAGCGCCAACCGAAGGUACAUGACUAUGUGGCCGAAACCACGUACUUCAAAGAACCCAUCUGGUCUUUCUUGAAGGAAAUCAUGAGGCAACCAUGGUUCGAAUGGCCAACAGGAAAGCUGGGCACAGACACUGGCCAAGCAGAUCAGAACCCACGAAAGAAGUGCUCAUACCACAAACGUUGACUUUGGUCACAACCACAAACGUUGACUUCGGUCACACCCACAAACGGCUUUAUGCCCCUGCUUCGGCCACUAUAACUGCCCAAAGAAGCAAAAACCGGACAUAUGGUCCACCAAGCCUAAGACACACAACUGAAAUUUAGGCUUUGGUUCGGCUUGGCAAGACAACAAGGUCGGCCAAUACCCGGUUACACUCACGGUUCAGUGAGAAAACCUCCCACAAACCUACGACAACCACAGGCUUGGCACCAACCUAUCAAGCUAAUUCUACUUUGGCCAACAUUCGCUUCCCCAGCCGAAUCCAGACCAAAGUGGAGGCUAUGAGUAACUACCAUCCAAAUAGCAAAUCUACAAAAAUUUGCCUAAGACAUAGACAAGAUCAAUCAAGUUCGACAAAACUACAACAGUGCAAAUGUGAAACCAUGCCAUUUGCUCAAAGGAAACAAGCGUUGAAGAAAAUUCAUAAGUUGGGAAGUACAACGUAGUAUAUCGUUCAGUGCCAAACCCCCACAAACCAUUACUUCUGGUAUGGUAAACUCCAAGCUCGGAGCCGUCCAGUCCAACAAAAAGUUAAAAGUUCAAAAUCAAACAAGUUCAUAAAGUGAAACAAAUUAAACUUGAGGAACGUCCUCAGAAGCAACAUCAACAACGGCCUCGACGCCCUUAUCAACGGCCUCCGCAACCUUUCCAACAUCCAUGAGCCCCCGUUCGCCACCCCCAACUACCUUUUGGUGCCCUUCACCAUUUUUCUCAGCAGAGCCAUCUCCACCGUCGGCCUCAGCAUUUGUAAGAUCGUCAACAUCAUCCUCGCUCUCGGGAAACUCUUUUUAAGGGAGUGGCGCACACUCCUCAGCAGUAUAAGGAAGGACGAGUUCAGGAGUCGUGGGUCCGGGAAUCGACUUUGUCAUGUUAAGGUCGGCUUCAAGCUGCAGGACACCACACGCCGCCUUCACACCAUCCUUAUACCCCGUUCGGUAGGCAAUUGGAACUCUCAUCUUAACCUCAUCAUUCACCAUAGACCGAGCGUCUCUUAUGUACUCAGCACCUGCUCGGUCAUACUCGGCCUGAUAGGCCUUCUCAUCAACUUCUUUCAUUUUCCUCUUCUCCCUCCUCAAAACUUGGCCAAGCUCACGAUCGGCUUUUUUAGCCUUCUCCAGGGCUUCAUCCCUCUUUUUCUCAAGCUCGGCAAUCUUAGCCUUGGCAAGCUUCAGACUAUUCUUCAAAGACUUCGCCUUUUCACGCUCAGUUUUUACAUCAUCGCGAUACCUUGUCCUUUCUGCUGCCAGAAGUUCGGCUUGAUUAGAAACCCGCAGCAGGGCUUGCCCAGCCUACAAAGAACAAAUAAGUAAGCUCGGCGACGUCAAAAAGAAAUGAAAAUUAAAUCAAACAGACCUGAACAAGGUAGGCGCUCGCGUGAACGAUGCUCGGCUGCAGCUCCGUCGGGACUCUUUCCAUAUCCCUUGUCAAAGCAAGGCCGUGAAGCAUAGUGACGGCUAGCCCGGGUUCCAGUUUUAUGCUGUCAUCAACAUUAACGACCCUCCCCCCGGGCAUUGCAAACGACGGUGCAAACUCUGGCACAAUCGCUCGGCCACCCGAACCCACCGACUUCUCCGCUGCAUUCGAGGCGCCCGCAACUGAAGACUCAGUUUGACCUUUUUCCCGCGGACACAGAGUCGGCUGUUCUGUCGGGAAAAAGUCAUAAGUGACUUUUUGGCUCUUUUCGGCAGGCUCGGCCACAUCAGCGUCUUUUUGACGAAUCGCAGCACCGUCCCUAAUGUUCACUCGCACGACGUUCCUCCUUCCCAUAUCCUCUGCAAAUUCAGGAACAAGGGUUUGGAGGGGAACAUGUAUACCCGGGUGUUUGGGCGGCUAGCUCUCGCGGAACCAGAAUUCUGCGGGCUUUCUGAACGUUGGGAAUUUCACCCUUGGCUCCUUUUCCUUGUCACUCGGCUUCGGUUGCUUGGGUUUUUCAGAUUGAUGCUCGGCGAUCCUCUCGCUGCCCCCGGCCCUCGCGCUCGGCACACUUUCCUUCUCCUUCCUCUUCAACUUCCCCUUAUACGAAGGAAUGUAGCCCAAUAAAGUCGGCGCGCCACAACAGAUCUGAGCCUUCAGGAUUUCAACAUUCUACUCGGCGGCCAGCGAUUGCUCUCUCUUAGUUAUUGCACGAUGAUCUGCAAAAGAUAUCAAACCCAUCAAUUAUGGACUCGAAAAAAAACCAAGUAAAAGUCGGGCUUGGCAAAGUAAAGGAAAAUAGACAACCUCGAAAAUCCUUUAUCUUCGGCACGCUAUGUAACCGCAUCGUCUGAUCGCCGAACAUAUAAUUACCGCUAACUUCGACGUAAAAAUUGGCCCACUUAUCAGUAUCGAGGAGCCCCUCUAUCAACGGCUCCUUGUUGCUACGCGUCGACAGAUACCUACGCUUGGUCUUGUCGUGCCUAAACAUUAUGUAUGUGUGAAAAAGGUCGGCCACUGAGAACUCAAGGUUAUGAAAUUCCUUCAACUUAAUCACGGCCAUCACUAUUCUAUAACUAUUGAUGGCAAAGUAAUGGGGCACCAAAUCGAACCGAGCAAGCAACUCCCUUAAAAAGGGGUGAAGAGGGAGCCGGAGCCUGGCCUCGCAUAUAGCCAUCAAGGGGACCGUUAUGUGCUCGGGACGGUGCUCUCUCUUAUCCCUAAUGUGGUUGCUUGCCACCUGACUAACAACAUCAUCAGGGAUGUUGUACUCUCGGCAAAAUCUCUCGUACUCGUGAGGAUCCCUGCUAAAAUAAUGGGCGUAGGGACAAACCUUGCCCCUCUCAUAGAGGUCGGCAACCUCCCUAUCCUCGGAUGGGGUAUCACUAGGCCUAGAUCGGGAUGAGGUAGUUGCUCCGGCCUGAGAACGAAACCUGGACUCGGCUUCGGGACCCGGCUCGGGUUUGGCGUCGGAACGGGUAGACGUUGUGAAGGAUAUCUCCGGCUCAGUGUUAAAACCACCGUCAUAUUCAUAGUCGUGUUCGGCAUUGGAAUCACUGGAGCCUGACAUGUUCGAAGCGAUUGAAGAAGUCUGGCGUCGGCUCCUGCGCCUAUCCAAGUACUCUCGGAUGAAUAAUUUUCCGGAGUCGUCCCCCGAACUUUCAGAGUCCGAUGAAAUGACAAUGAUCAGGUGAGCUAGACCUAACAAAACAGAGGAAGUUAUAAUGAGGAACCUCGUCGUCGGCCAAAAGGCUAGGAUCUCACUACGCUCGGUUACCCUACUGGCCCACCCUACAAGGACUCAAGCUCGGGAGAUAUAAAAAGACAAGACGAUGGGCUAGGCCAACACCGUCGUCGGCCAAAACCACCAACAUCCAAACUGGGGCUCGAAAGAAUAGAUUGAAGCUGAAGAUGAACAGACCGUUCAUCCCCAGCGUCGUACUGUUCAUACAGAACAAAAAGCCUCAAAGAAAGCCAAAGACCAAAGAGAAAAAACGCAUAAAAUUACAAAAAGAUGAAGAGAAGCGAGGAUCGAAUGCAUACCUGGGGAUUUUUUUGCAGAUUCAACAAUGGAUCAACGAAGGAUCAAGGCUGGAAGGCGGAGGGAAGGAAGCAGGAGCUCUGGCUAUGGAGUUCUAGAGAGAGAAAAUUCGUAACCCUACUCUCUCCUCUCUUCGUCCUUUAUAUAGGCAUAGGGUUUGAGAAUUCAAAGUUCCCGCCCAUCUCUGCACCGCCGAACCAAUGGCCAGUAAGAGCUUGACACGUGGCAAUGAUGGGACAGCUUAAGCAGAACUUCACGCAUGCCAGCCGUCCUCCCAUCAGCCGUACCCAACCAUAGGAGGACACCUGGCGCCCCUCCAUUGAGGCUUAUCUGUGACGGUUGAUGAGAACAGAUGAAGCUCGGCUAAAAUUCCAAUCGACCAAUAAACUACGCUCGGCAAAAGCAGGUUUGGCCAAAGCUCAAUAUCAACCUCCACCACGUGCUCGGCGAUGGCAGAGAUUGAGGGGCUAUUGUAGUGGGGCGAACGUAACUCUCGGCGAACGGCCACCGAACCAUACUUGAACUGGGGCUCGGUUACUGGCCGAGACUCAUCCAUCAGCGAGAUCUUUUAUUCUGAGCUCAGGCGACGUGGAUAGCCCAGGCUCGGCCGUCGUCGGAGGUGAAGACCCGUCAGCAUGUCCCUCAAAUGGGUCGCCUGUCGGGUUCGGCCAUACCGGGCUCGGCCAUAUGCGCGGUUCGGCCACCCACUGAGUCAUGUGCUUUCUCACGUGAUGAAGCGGUUACGCCAAGAGAUAACAAUGGGAGCACAUGGGGGCUGCCAGCUCACACCCAAAAACGGUUGCCAGGUCUAUUUAGUGACGUCAGGGCGACGUCACCUGAUCCGUGCAAGGCACAUGCUCGUACUUGCAGAGCAAGUCAAGAAGGCUCAAUAAAUAUUGAAGGAGGAACCCUAGAGGAGAGGUCUUAGUCGUGCAUUCACUGUGCAGGAUUGGGAGAGAAAGCUAGGGAAUCCACGAGCUAACGGAGGAGGAUCCCAGAACAAAGGACCACGGGCCACACAAUUUGUAUUGAGGAAGCGAGGCCAACCUGAGCAGACGCAUGUAAAUGGUAGACAACACAAAGGCAAGAUGCUUAUAUCAAAAGAAGACAUAAUGUUUACUGAUCAAUCAUUGUGAGUCGGAAAUUAGUCCCGAAAUCUAUCACAGUAUGGGACCUUAAAGCGAAACAUGGAAGAAUGCCCUUGGCCAAACACGACGUGUUGAUGGUGGACUGGCAGUAAACGUGUUUCUUAUUAUCAUCAGCAAUUUUGUUAUAGAUUUAACUCGCUAUAGAAUUUUGUAGAAUUCAAGAAAAAAUGCAAUGUAGUAGUGGUUUUCCCAGCUUCUGCUUCAAAGGAAAUACAGCUUUCAUCAGACUUGAAUGUAUGUAUUUUCCAAUGUAUUGAAAGUUUGAAACAGUUUAGCAAGCUCCUCGGGCGAAACAAUGGAUGGAAUUUGAAUCUCU